AUGUCAGAAUCGCGCCCUCCGAUCAAACUCACCUUCGGCAAGAAGAAGGCCGCCGAAGAUCCUUCCAAGAACCAACCUCCGCCUCCCUCUCAACCGCCCGCGACCGAGACCCCCCAACGCAAACUGACUCUCAAGAUCGCCCGAAAGCCCGAGGAAAAUACGCCGAAGGCAGAGACUCCAGACGAAAAACCCAAAAAGAAGAAGCCGGCCAAGAAACGCCCCGCGGACGGACCCGCAUCGAUCGAAACACCUGCCGCCUCCGUCACCCCAUCCGGCCCCAAACGGUUGAAGCUAAACCCGUCCAAAAAGCCCGGCGUCCAGUCGAUCCGCAUCAAGAACAAGGCCCUCGUGCCCUCGCGCCCGGUAGGGGUAGGCUACGACUCGGAAGCCUCAGACACCGAAGCCGAUCCCGCCAUCGAGGAGCAGUUCAUCCUGCGCAUGCUCCCCGGCGAAGACUGCGACCAUCUACGACGCUCCAUCGCCGAACGACGCUUCGACCGGUCCGAAAUCUCCUUCAAGCCGCUGAACCGCGAGGGCCGGCGCGCCAUCUUCCGGGUCCGCGACAAACAAUACGCCGCCGCGCUGGUCGACCUGCCGUGUAUCGUCGAGGGGAUGAAGAGCUGGGACCGUCGCGGGUGGUACAAGUCGGCCGACAUCUGCCAGAUGCUGCUGAUUCUCGGCACGGUGGCCAACGACCGUGAGGCGCUGGAGUACCCUUUGCCCGCAGAUCUCACCCAGCCGGACGAAAAGACCCUGCAGUAUCCACACGGUCUGACGCCGCCGCUGCGGUGGGUGCGCCGGCGCCGAUUCCGCGAGCGGGUCAGCACGCGCACGAUCGAGCAGGUGGAGAAGGCGGUCGAGGACCUGAUCGCGCAGGAUGAGGCGGCCGUGGGCUUGCCGCGCUACGAGCUGAUCGACAGCGCGUCGCUAAACCGCGCCGAAGGGUUUGUCCAGAACGGAGAAUACGACAUGGACAUGUACGACGACGAGCAGGACGCUGAGGGCGAGGUGGAAUACGGCAUGGAGGAUGGGCUCUUCGGGGACGAUAUGGAGGACGCCCUCGCGGCGGAGAUGGAGGCGGCUCUGGCGGCCGGAGACGAGCCGCCGGCGCCACCCGCACCGACCGACUCCGGGGUGUAUCAGGCGGGUACGCCCACAGCCACGAAACCGCCUACCCCAGCCGCGGAGUCGUCCGGCGACGAGAGCGACGGGUCGGACCGAGACGACGGCGACGAGCCCGAGGAGGAAUUGGACGACGAGCAGCUGGAGCAGCAGCAGCAGAUGCAGCAGCAGCGGGAGGAGAUCGCGGAGCUGGAGGCGCUGAUCCGGGCGGACACGGCACGAUGGCAGACGAUGACGAACCAUAUCCUGCGCGGGAAGCUGGCGACGAAGAUCCAAAAGCUGAAGCGGGACUUGGAAUUGAAGAAAGUGUCUAUUGGAGAGGGGGAUGCGGAUGCCUGA